AUGCAGCAGACAUGGCAGUCGAACGAAUCACUGGUGGAUGCGUGGCAAAAUUGGAAGGAGUUCAUAAUAUUUUUUUUUAUAAUUUUACCUAUUGAAAUAAUUGGAAUUAUAAUACUUACAGUGUAUAAUGGAUAUGUGUUUGGUGAUCAUUUUUCAAAACUGGAUGAAAAUCACAAAAUAGCCGAAUACAAUUUAUUUAUUGGAUCUAUAAUAUUGAUCGUGACCAACAUCAUAUUAUUAUUCAUCAACUAUGAAUCAAUACAUCAAACUAGGGAUGUAAGAAAGAUCAAGAUAUGGCUGAUAUUCCAUUCAAUCGGACUUUGUAUUUUUCUAAUAACCACAGUAAACUUCCAUAUUAUAUUGAGAUAUUUUAGUGUAUACAAUGAAUAUUCAGAUAUAUUUAUGUCUGUCUUAAGUUGGUUACAUUUGAUGAGUACCAUUCUAUGUUUGAGUGUAAUUUUUGUCCACUACAUAUCCUACAAACCAAUUGCAUCAGCUUAUCGCCGUAGUCUUGGAAAUGGUCCUUAA